GUAGGAUUUGGGGUUUGGGUCAUUUUUAAUAAACUAGUAAAUGCAAUUUGUUAACUAAAUUUCAAACAACAUUUACUAAGCACUUAAUUAUAUACACUUGCAUUAUUAAUGCACAUUUAUAACAUCAACAACAACAAAAAGUGAAUUACAACUGUGAACUUAUAUACUUGACAAUAUAAAAUCAUUAGAAAAAAAAUAAAUAACUCCUUAUAUAUUACCAAAGAGAGAAUUUUUUUUUUGGAAGCGCUAUAUUGCUGAGAUGUUUAGAGACACAAUCUAACUAAGCAUAAUAAACAGUGAUCGUUUUUAUUUAUAUAUAUUGUUAAAUUCAUUUAAAAUACUAUAACUAAUUUCACAUACAAAUUGACUAAUUGGCAUGGAGAGAACUUACCUAUACUGAUCUUCAUUAUGAAUGUCGGUGAACCUCUAAUGACUCGGUCUACUCUCGUUCUGUUGUAUUUUUUUGAUCUUGUAUACAAUACUUUUUUUUGAUAAAACUAUUGAUAAAUUCCUUAUAGGUCCUUAUAGAUGGCCAUCGUAAAGCUUUAAAUUAUGAAAAACAACAGGAAUUUUUUUUAGUUAAAACUAAAUUUUAAGGUACAAAAAUGAUGUAGGGGUGCAUGUCCGACUCCUGUGAGAUGGUCGUGAUCGCGAACUCUGUCAAUACCAAGGAAUUGCACACAUACUCCAUAAUUCAUGGCAAAACGAAUGAUUUCCUCUCCUUCUUGGGUGCAUCCCAUGGGGACUGUUAAUUGUAUUUAAUUUAACUGCCAACUCCUCCUUCUCCUUUAAUAUAUUUUUCAAAAAUUGUUCUACACCAUUUGGUCUUCUGUAGACCGUGAUAGGUUAGUAACGCUUUCCAUCAGGCCCUACGAUUACGUAAGCCUAUCCGCAGGGUGUAUGAUGGGGCAUUUUUUCCGUAUAUGAGGCUAAAGGAUUAGGUUGACAACUAUCAAUUUUCUCAAGGAAGGAAACAAAAUCUGCAUGAAUUACUCAAUCAUCCAUAAAUGGUUGCAAGAUCGGAUAUAUAGUUAAUUGCGAAAUCACUGAAAUUUUAUGUUCUUGUGGGGAAAAUGGAAAUUCGUUAUUUUGCUUGCAUUUAACAAACACAAUUGAUGGUCAUCUAUUAAUUUUUCUACUUGCAAGCCGCUUAUCAAAUUUGAUUUCACGACAAUUUAAGUGUAACAUGCAUUUUAGUUUUAAUCUUUUUUGUGAUAUUGAUUGGCGCAGCAUGUCUUCCUUUGAACUUUGUGCCAUUAAAUCCUAUAUUCAAUUCAAUUCUACUUGCAAGCCGCAAGGAUUUGAAGUUAAACUUACCCUAAGUGUCAAGAGUCUUAGGGAAGUGUCUUUAAGUCCGGCUGAAUAACUAUUUUAUCUUUAUGCUACUCGGUACAUCUUGGUUUCUUCCUUAUUGAUGAUCUUUCUCUUCUUGGCAUCCGCACAGCGUUUGAAGGGAUUCUGUAGAGAGAUCGCGUCCCCUAUUCGUAGACCAUAUUUUUUAUCGUUUUAAGAUUGACUGUUUGUGAAUUUCUAAAGUUUAGAGAAGAACCCCGUACAUAAAAGCAGGUCUUCCCCGAAGGAGUGUCUUAGCAGUAGUGCUUUGGACCUCCUAAAACGAGAAAUUAUGAGAUAAGCAUAAUAUUUAUUUGGGCGGAGAUGACAGUAUUUACCCUAAACAAAAGUGAGCAAAUGGCCAUCCAAUUCAUCUGUGAAAUCUCCAAAAAAAAUUUCUAGUGGGGCUUAUUAUUACCAUCUUGGACAUAGGUGGUGGAGUCCGUAUCAUGGUAUAGUACGCUCUCGACCAGAUUGUCCUUCUCUUCGUCUAUCUUAACCCGCGAGAACUCGCACCGGGUAUAACAUGCCCGAUCCAUUUUCAUUCAAAGUUUUUCUUACUUUCUUCUAUUGGAACAGAGCCAGGAUUUCGUGUAGCUGUAUUCAAGGUCACAUUCUUUCACUAGGGGAAAAGCUGGUUUUGUUCUAUAAAUAGAUUUUCAGGAACAGGUGUCGGGGGUAUGUCAUACCCGUGCUAGUCCUGGCGUCAGUCGGAUCAUUCCUUCUUUUUCUCUCAGUUUAGUGAAUUAUGACGCGCUACAUGAAUUACGACGAAGAAAAUGAAUAUUUUCGACACCUUAUAGAGACUGUUUCUAGUGAUGAUGAAGCUAUAUCUGACGAAAGUGUUGCCUCUGAGGAUGAUGAAUACUGUAGCAAUCACGAUUCUUCUAGUGAAAUUGAGACAGAAACAGAAGAUGAAAGUUCACUGUCAGCAACCGAUUUUUAUAUUGGUAAAGAUAAAGUUACAAAAUGGCUGAAAAAAAAAUACAGUCAAAGUGUUAGGAAGCCUGCAAGGAAUAUAAUUAGUAAGCUUCCUGGUAAUACAGCUUAUUCAAAACAUGUUGCUUCUCCCGUAGAUGCAUGGAAUGUUUUAUUCGAUAGCAAAAUGCUAAAUAUGAUGGUGGAGAACACAAAUAUUUAUAUCGAAUCAAUUCAAGAACGUUUUACUCGAGAGCGAGAUGCAAGGAAGACAGAUGAAACCGAAAUAAAAGCAUUUAUUGGACUUUUAUAUUUAUGUGGAACUCAUAAAUCAUCACACACUAAUUUGAAGGAUUUGUAUGCCACGGAUGGAACCGGGAUUGACAUAUUUCCAAAAACCAUGAGUCGCACUCGAUUCCUUUUUCUAAUGAGAUGUCUACGUUUUGACAAUAUCAAUGAUCGCCAAAGCAGACGAGAAAUAGAUAAAUUAGCUCCCAUCAGAGACUUUUUCGAAACAUUUGUCACAAAUUGUAAAAAUGCAUAUAUUCUUGGAGAAUUCGUCACGAUUGAUGAAAAACUGGAACCUUUUCGAGGAAGAUGCGGAUUCAGGCAGUAUAUGCCAAAAAAGCCUGCUAAGUAUGGCAUCAAGAUAUUUGCACUAGUUGAUUCUAGAGUAUUUUAUACCUGGAAUAUGGAGAUCUAUGCUGGUCAGCAACCCGAUGGGCCAUUCAAAAUAGACUGUAGUUCGAAAUCCAUUGUGAUGCGAUUGAUGACACCGCUUUUCAAUUCUGGACGCAACUUGACAACUGACAACUGGUAUACGGGAUAUGAGCUAGCACAAGAACUUUUGAAAAAAAAAAUUACAAUUGUUGGGACACUUAGACAAAAUAAAAGAGAAAUACCGCCCCAGUUUUUGGUGAAAAAGGAAUUGUACUCUUCAAUCUUUGGAUUCCAAAAAGAAACAACUAUGGUUUCGUAUUCUGCGAAAAAGAAUAAAAAUGUAGUUAUGUUGUCCACAAUGCAUACAGAUGAUAAAAUAGACGAAACCACGAUGGAAUUGAAAAAACCAGAUAUCAUCACGUUUUAUAAUCUCACGAAAGGAGCCGUGGACGUUGUCGACGAAAUGGCAGCAGCAUACACUACAGCAAGGAUAUCAAAUCGUUGGCCAAUGGUUAUUUUAUUUUCUAUGUUAAAUGUGGCUGCUAUUAAUGCCAGAGUGCUGUUGAUGUCGACAAAAAAUCCUCCCACGCAGUUCAGAAACAGGCGUUUCUUUUUGAAAACACUGGGACUCGUUCUUUCAGAACAACACAGAAAACGUAAGCCUCUACGAAAAACAACUAAACCAAGCACUGAGGAACUGGAAAUCACUAACAGUGAGCCGCCUGCUAAAAAAAUCAAAGAAACUUAUAAACGAUGUGCAUUUUGUCCAUGUAAUAAGGACAGAAAAUCAAGAUUUAUAUGCCAAAAAUGUGAAAAAAGUCUGUGUGUUGAACAUCAGUAUGUAAUUUGUCAAAACUGUCUUUAAACAUGUGAGUAUGUAUUUUUAAACUCAAUAAAAUUCUUUAAUGUAUUAUUUUGUAAUGUUUAAUUAUGUAAGGCUUGCUUAUAAACAGUAUUAUUUCAUAUUUAGGUAGCAGAAAUGAACUAGGGUAUGAGAUACCCAGCGCGAGUUCUCGCGUUGGAAAACGGUUGCGUGUUCUCCCGGGUUAAGUCACAGCCUAAUUUCUAAAUAUCCUGUUUUGUCCACAUCCUUUUCUUACACCCCCCAUGGGUGCUUGCGAGCUGUCGAGCUCGGCUGUGAUGAAAUCCUUCUUCGCCAUGCAGAUGUUUUUGAGAAGUAUGACUCCAGCGGUAUCCCACUCCCGCGUUCCAUGAGUUUGGUUACAUCUCGAAAGUUUGGUAUGAAAAUGCCAAAUGUGAUUUGAAGAAGAGGUCCAUAGUCCUCCACUGACGCCUAUCCUUUUCAAUCAUGU